AUGGUGUCGGCCACCAAGGUAGAAGGUGAAUAUUCGUUUCUGAGAAAGGACUCUCAUCUGGAUCAAUCUGAAGGUGUGAAGAUACAUCUAUACCGAUUUGGUGCAGAACACAGAAAUGAUAAACUUGAAAGCCUUGCAUGCUUUGAACAAGAUGGCCCAAGUUUGCUUGAUACCAUCCUUCUUGCUCAGGUCAUUGCAGGUGGAAGAAAUUUUGUGGGUCAGCUGAACAAUAAAUGGGAUUCAUUUUCACUGAAGGAAUACGACAAGUUCUUUGAGUCUUUCGCAUGCUUGAAGCCAAAUAGUAUGAAGAGUUAUGAUGGAUUGCUUCUGGGCAUUUCACAAGGAGAAAAUGAUAGACCUGAGGUUGUUUCUUCAGUAUCACUACCAAAGGAUGGACUACUUGUGAUUGCAAAUGCAUAUCCUGUUGAAUAUGGUCAUAUCUUCUUGGUCCCAAGUGCAAUCAAUCAACUAUCUUGCUAUUGGGCCAAAAGGAUGAUUGGACUGGCUACAAAAAUUUCAUCUGAAGUAAAUAAUGCAGCAUUCAGGGUUUUCUUUGACAAUGGAACAUCUAUAGUGUCAGGUCACAUGAUUUUUCAGGCAUGUUACUUUGCAAUCCCUUUACCAGUGGAGUCUGCCUCCACUUUCACGGUAUAUGAUGGAAAGGCUGGAUCAGACAUUAUUGUGUCUGAAACAGUUGACUACCCCCUGAAAGCUCUUGUGUUCACCAGCACCAACCUAAAAACACUUGUCGGUGUUCUUAGUGAAAUAUCCUUUUCUCUGCAUGACAAUGCUACUGCAUACAGCCUGCUGAUUUCCAACAAUGGCACAAAGGUUUUCUUGUUUCCGCAGGUGAAAAAUCUGGUUACUGGCUGCUGUCUGUCUGCUAGGGAGUGUGGCGGCUACUUUGUUUACCACACCAAAUUUGGUUUUGAUAAUGCCUCUGAGACUGAAAUCUCCAACAGAAUGGGCUCUGUUUCACUUGAGGAUAGCACCUUUGAAUAUCUGAAACAUCUUUGUUGCGCUAUUGCAGAUGAUCUUGUUAUGUAG